AUGAGAAACCUUGUUGAGACUCCAGAAUUAAAACAUACAACUCCAGAAUGUAUGGAGAAAUAUUUACCAAUAAGUAUUUAUAAACCAGGAAGGACGUCAGGCAUAGGGUGUAAUAUGGGCAUGGGGACAAUAAAUGAAGUGACAACCAGUAUAACAGCAGAGGGCAAAAACUAUUGGUUUAGCACCCAAAGGCCACUACAGUUUCAGUAUGAUAUUCUAUUUGAGUCAAACUAUGGAAAAUUUAGUCUUAUGUGUGAAGUAAGCUGUCAGUUUAUAAUAAAUUUUAACAAACAGAAUGUCUCAAGUGUAUUAACGACCGUGUUAGUCGUAAUUGCUACUGCUGCCGUCCGUGCAUCACCUGUAGGGGACUGUCCGCCAGUAGAUCCAGUGGACCACACAGACCAUCUACCAGACAGCAAAAACUGUUCGCUUUUCUACAAAUGUGAUCACGCAGCUCCUGUACUGUUUGAAUGUCCUGAUGGGUUGCACUUCAACCCUACACUGGAAGUCUGUGACUGGCCAGAUAAUGCAGGUUGCACAGGUGGAUCAGCAUCAACCAUAGCUCCCAGCUCAACAGCUAAGCCUCCUCCAUCAGGAGACUGUCCAGCUGUCGGCACAUGCCCUCAAAAUGAAGAUGAGAAUUCUAUUGCUAAGCACCUUCCACACGCAUCAAACUGCAGUCAGUUCUGCAAAUGUGACCAUGGGAAUCCCGUGACGUUCGACUGCCCUGCUGGACUCCACUUCAACCCUACUCUGGAGGUAUGUGACUGGCCAGAAAAUGCAGGUUGCACAGGUGGAUCAUCAUCAACUCCAGCAUCAAGCUCAACAGCUAACCCUCCUCCACCAGGAGACUGUCCAGCUGUCGGCACAUGCCCACAAAAUGAAGAUGAGAAUUCUAUUGCUAAGCACCUUCCACAUGCCUCUAACUGCAGUCAGUUCUGCAAAUGUGACCAUGGGAAACCCGUGACGUUCGACUGCCCUGCUGGACUCCACUUCAACCCUACUCUGGAGGUAUGUGACUGGCCAGAAAAUGCAGGUUGCACAGGUGGAUCAUCAUCAACUCCAGCAUCAAGCUCAACAGCUAACCCUCCUCCACCAGGAGACUGUCCAGCUGUCGGCACAUGCCCACAAAAUGAAGAUGAGAAUUCUAUUGCUAAGCACCUUCCACAUGCCUCUAACUGCAGUCAGUUCUGCAAAUGUGACCAUGGGAAACCCGUGACGUUCGACUGCCCUGCUGGACUUCACUUCAACCCUACGCUGGAGGUAUGUGACUGGCCAGAAAAUGCAGGUUGCACAGGUGGAUCAUCAUCAACUCCAGCAUCAAGCUCAACAGCUAACCCUCCUCCACCAGGAGACUGUCCAGCUGUCGGCACAUGCCCACAAAAUGAAGAUGAGAAUUCUAUCGCUAAGCACCUUCCACAUGCCUCUAACUGCAGUCAGUUCUGCAGAUGUGACCAUGGGAAACCCGUGACGUUCGACUGCCCUGCUGGACUCCACUUCAACCCUACUCUGGAGGUAUGUGACUGGCCAGAAAAUGCAGGUUGCACAGGUGGAUCAUCAUCAACUCCAGCAUCAAGCUCAACAGCUAACCCUCCUCCACCAGGAGACUGUCCAGCUGUCGGCACAUGCCCACAAAAUGAGGAUGAGAAUUCUAUUGCUAAGCACCUUCCACAUGCCUCUAACUGCAGUCAGUUCUGCAAAUGUGACCAUGGGAAUCCCGUGACGUUCGACUGCCCUGCUGGACUCCACUUCAACCCUACUCUGGAGGUAUGUGACUGGCCAGAAAAUGCAGGUUGCACAGGUGGAUCAGCAUCAACUCCAGAAUCAAGCUCAACAGCUAAGCCUCCUCCAUCAGGAGACUGUCCAGCUGUCGGCACAUGCCCACAAAAUGAAGAUGAGAAUUCUAUUGCUAAGCACCUUCCACAUGCCUCAAACUGCAGUCAGUUCUGCAAAUGUGACCAUGGGAAACCCGUGACGUUCGACUGCCCUGCUGGUCUCCACUUCAACCCUACUCUGGAAGUAUAUGGUCCAACAUCAGCUACACCAACUACUGCAGAACCAAAGAGCUCCAUAGGGUCAGGUGAUCAAGACCCUUUCAAGUCAAUGGGAUCAUGUCGUGCUUAUGAUCUAGUCCUUAUUGCCCAGUAUCUUGCAUAUAAAACCAACAGUACUGUAUAUUGUAGACGAUGUAGCAAUAAUCUGGAUAUGUCUGGAACACAUAAUAAAGUCACACGUUUAAUGCUAAUAAACUUCCUCUUCAUUGGCAUGGACGCAACACGUCAGAUAUAUACAAAUAUGUCUGUAGAUCAAAUGAAAUGUGCUAUAAAUUUUGGCUUUUAUACCGAUAUCAUAAUCAGCAUUCAUAACCGAAAGUAUCCACUAAAUUGGCAUCCAUCUCUAUAG